GCAUUUAUUGAAACCAUUAAAUUCUUCAAAAACAUACAAUUAAAUAACACACAUGAAUAGACCUACCAACCCCCAUAUCCUCUCCACCUUCCUCUCACCUCUCUCUUUAUAUCUCCCUUCCCCUUGCUAUUCCUUUUAUUAUCACCGUUAAUACCAACCCAAAAAACACAGCUUUUUGAAAUCCCAAAAACCAGUAGAAAGUAUCCAAAAAGUUAGAUUCUAGAAAGAAAAAAAAUCACAACUUUUUUGUAUCCCAAAACUAGUAGAAACUAACCAAAAGUUACAUUCUUGAAAAAACUCACACUUUUUUGUUUCCCAAAACUAGCAGAAACUACCCAAAAAGUUGGAUUCUUGAAAACAUCACAACUUUUUUGUAUCCCAAAAAGUUAGAUUGUUGAAAAAUACAACUUUUAUGGGCAAGAAAAUGAAUCUUGGUUCAUGGCAAUGGCCUUCUUGUGCUUACUCCAAGACACUAUCAUUUAGAGCAAAUGACAACAACAGCAACAUUUUCAAGACUAUAAAUUCAAUCUUUUUAGACUCUUCUACUGAUCAUCAUCAUCAUCAUAAUGAUGUUCUUGAUAUUGAAACCACACCAGAAUCUUGGUUCACAAAUUCCUCAAAAUCAGCUAGUUUUUCAACAGAGUCUGAUGAAACAAGUGAACCAUUAAUGGAAAUGAUCAUUAAAGGAGCUCGCUCAGACAGACUGUUUUUUGAGCCAAAUUGUACUAGUUCACUAAUCUUGGAUGAACAAAAAGUAAGUGAAGAUCAAAAUCAAGAAACAGAGAAACUAGAACAAGAAAUACAAGAAGAAGAUGAUGAUGAUGAUGGUGAUCAAGAAUUUCCAUUUAAGGAAAGUGUAGCAUUGGCAUUGGAAUCAGAUGAUCCAUAUUUAGAUUUCAAGAAAUCAAUGGAGGAAAUGGUGGAGACACACGAGAUUAAAGAUUGGGAAUCUUUACAAGAAUUAUUAGGAUGGUACUUGAAGAUGAAUGGGAAAAUAAAUCAUGGUUUUAUUAUAGGUGCUUUUGUGGAUUUGCUAAUUAAGUUUUCACCUCCUAAUAAUUGUAAUUCUGAUACAAUUACUUGUUAUUCUUCUGCUGCUUCUUCUUUUUCUGCCCCUUCUUCUCCUUUGUCUUCACUAGGAAAUAAGGAGCAAGAAAAGGGGAGUAAUAUUAGUCCUUUAGGAUAAUUAAUUACUCAAUUGUAAUUUUGUGUACAUUAUUGUAUAAAUUGCUUAGGUCAAAGGGAAAAAUUAUACAUAUUGCAGGAUUUAUCAAUUUUUUUAACCCCAUCCC